AUGCUGAAAUACGCCAUUAUUCUAUCGUUUUUUGCCCUCCAAUCCUUCUCUCAGCACGUCACAGAUGCCAACAACACAUGCGGCUUCAAAAAGCUGGCUCCAUGGCUGUUCGAGCGCCGACUGAAGCCGGUAAAUAUUACUUGUUUUGUCCGGCAAUCAGCCAACUGUGUGUUACAAUCGAAGGUCGAAUGUAAUCACGGGUAUUUGCCCGAGGGCUCGGUGAAAACCUCAGCGAUCAGGUGCGACAAAGACAACGGAUUUUCGCUGCAAUCGGACUUGAAAUGUGUGGCAGGCUGCGCAAUGUUCGACUUGAGUGACAAGAAUCAGCUGGGAAAUGCGACAAUUGUAAAUGGGGUCAAAGGAAGCGACGGAUUUUACUCGAAAGGCACUGUUGUGGAGACGAAAUGCAAAGACGGUGAGAAUUUGAUUCGUCUUGGCGAAUUUCGGCGUCAAAAAUUUUUUUACCUGUUUCUACCGUAAAGUGUAAUGUUGUCACAAAAAAUCAUUUUUUUCCGUACGAAACUGGCAAAGUUAUGGCCAAAAAGUGUUUUUCCCUCUGACAGGUAAAGAAAGUUCAAUAUCUCGGUGGCGCUUGAAAAGCGCGAGCUAAAACUUUCCGGAAUUAAUAUUCAGUCUAUGCCAAACGUGUGUGCAUAAUUUAAAGAAAAUCUGUGCGUCGCACUUGGAGAGAGAACUAAACGAAAACAUAUAUUAUACUUGCAGGUCACCUCUUUGACACCCCCGAAAAACGCAACGCCGGCACCGACAAGCAUCGUUGCGUUGGCGGUCGAGAAGGAUGGGUUAACCUUCUCAACGCAUCUGAUGUGAACUCCCGGCCCGGAUUAUGCAAGCCCGUCUGCGAGAUAACUCCGUAAGAGCUGAAUAUUUGGACUACUAAUAAAAUCUGUUUAGUAAACUGACGGAGAAACUGAAGCCAGUGAUUGCAUACGACCACUGCGAUGUUAUGGAUCACAAAAUGAAGAAAUUUUUGGUGAUGGGAAACCCAUUCUUGUACGAGUUGGAAAAUGGUAGGUCGGAGAGUUGACCAAGGCUUAUAUAGAGCUCUAUAUAAGCCAUGGUGGCUCUAUAGAGGCUGUCAACGCGGUUGUUUUUGAAAUGGCGCAGCAGUUUUCCUGCAAUCCAAGGCACAACUUUGUACUAUCCGAAAGAGUUCAGGACCUGUAUCAAUCCAAUCCGUCGGGAAAAUAAUAAGAACAAUGAUUGCCAUUCUGGGAUUGGAUGCUUCGAAGUUCCGCGUUUCUAUAUCUUUGACUUAUUUCAAAUUUCAGGCACCCAAACCAAUAUGUUGACAUGUCCCGUACCGAGCGGGGUAGGUGUUAUGCAAUACAUCAGCCUGUCGGGAAAGUAACGAGAUGUGUCGCUUCACCGAUCGCGUCGCUGAAGUAAAAAGCUAUCUGAUUUGCCGCAACACAAUUCACUUUCUCUGCCGUGAUGACAUUUCCGAUACGACAUUGUGCUCACUAUUUUCCCGACAGGCUGAUAUUUCUUUUUCAAAAAAGAAUGUAUUUAUAAAAUUUAGCCUAAACCGAGCCCGCUACCUCCAAAGACUCCCCCGUUCCCGCAUAAGGGUCCAAAUGCUACACCCUCGCCAGUCGCAUCGUCUUAUCCCGUAAUCAAUGUAACCCUCGCACCGCCAAACCCGCUGAUCGUCAACGUUAACAUUCAACCGAUCAUCGUGAACCCAGUGGUGUUCCCAAUCACAAUCAAUGUCAAUUAUUAUCAGCCUACAAUCCCGGGGAUAUAUUUGAACAUCACUCCGACCGGCGUUGUGAUCCCAUUCACAAUUGUCGAUACCUACAAAUUGCCGGGGAUUUAUAUUCCAAUUGUUGGAAACAACAUCAUCAAUAUCCAAAUUCCCAUCCGAUAUUACAUCGGAAUUUCGUAUAUUGUGCUGCCAUUAGCGAGUACUGUAGUUUUUGAAGAGUUGACGCCAGAGACUUGGAUUCAAUUCGUCUUGGAUUAUCGUGAGUUUUUAUAUGAUAGUUGGGGCAAACAGUGGUAAAACAUUAUUGAUCCCCAAGUGAAAAGGCAGAAAAGUGAAGACGAAAUUUUACGUGAAAAUGCACCGGGUAAUACUCAAAUUUUCUUUGAGUUUUGUUUUCAUAUAGUGCAUACACAACUCGUAUCAAUCCCUCAAAGUUAUAGCUCGUGAUUUUCCAUGGCUCCAAUGCUUUAAACAGUUUUUGAAAAGAUACAGUGGCGGACCUGAUACAGUGGCAAAAAAGUACCAUUUUGCAUCCGGGAAGUAUCAAAAAAUGUGGCAAAAUACCUCCCUUUUCAAGUGAAAAGACUUUUAUUACAAAAGCCAAUCUUUUUUUGUGAGGGAAAGCUCUUCAAUUGGAGUUUUUUCGCUUGGAGAGGGAAGCAUUUUGCCACAUUUUUUGAUACUUCCCGGAUGCAAAAUAGUAGUUUUUUUCCGCUGGAUCAGGCCCGCCACUGCACAUGCAUAAAUAAAUGACAAGUUCUGUCAAAAUCUGAGCGUUUCCCUUGCAUUAGUUCAUUAAUCAAGCAUAUUUUUCAGCCAACUUCAACAUGACAACAACGUCAACCCGUCCGUCGAAUAUUCAAUAUCUUUUUAUCCCCUUACUUCCGCCAAAUCUUGGCUUCCCGAACACAAUCUUUAUUCCACUAAAUCUGACGUUAUCCAUUCCAAUGAUCACAAUUCCCUUCCUCAACAUUCCCCACCAACCCAACGUAAAACUGCCUACACUUACUGUGCCAGUAGUAACACAAAGCCCAUCUUACAUCGUAAUCAAUUACAAUAUUGGUCAAAUCCCGUUCUACGUCCCGGAUAUCUCGAAUCUUCCAUCGGUGAUCCCCGUUUUUGGACGUCAAGGAUGCAAGAAGUUUGUGGACAGCGAACACAAAGUGAUGAUGACGCAGAAUUGCGAAGGCCAUGAUAUGUAUAACGCUGGAUGCAAAAUAACAAUCAAGUGUGAAUCGAGUAAGCUUUAUACAUUUUUUGAGGGGGUCAUUUUGCUAAUUUUUUUAUUUUCUAAAAGUAUUGCGCUACUAAAAUGAGGUUUUAUUCAAAAACUGGCCUGUUUCAUGGACUUUGUUGUUUCACAAACGGCACUAGUCCGUUCGCAAAGUCGCUGGAGUGAUUCUUGGCAUUUGUAAAGUGCAGGAAAAUCAGGGUGCGUGCGACAGCCCAAAAAAUCAUACUGCACGGUGCAAAAAGCAACAAAUUGCACAGUGCAAAAUAAACUUUUGUUUUCGCACGGUGCACAUUGCCAAAAGCAUUCCAGUGAGCCAAGGAACUAGUAUGUAGGUCAUGCAUACAAAAUUUGGAGAAAAGUUAGUAACUUCUGUGACUAUGUUAACGUUCGGUCAAUUUUUACAAGGUGUCAAGAAUGGAAAUUUAUAAAAUAAAAGGAGAGGCGGCAAACUCGGCCGUAGCUUCGAUUGCUUUAUUUCAAUAGCUUUAUACCUAAUACAGUUGUGAACAGUGGCAAAAAUAUACCAUGUUGCAUCCAGGAAGUAUCAAAAAAUGUGGCAAAAUACCUCCCUCUUCAAGUAAAAAAACCCCGGUUUCAAAAUCGCGCCCGAUCUUUUUGUGUGGCAAAGGGCGCGCUCUUCAAAACGGAGUUUUUUUAGUUGCAGAGGGCGGCAUUUUGCUACAUUUUUUGAUGCUUCCCGGAUGCAAAAUGGAACAUUUUUUGCCACUGGAUCAGGUCCGUCACUGAAGUUUAAGUCAGCAGUUUAGAAGUUAAGAUUUUUUCAGCAAUCCGCAGGCAUCUCCAAUGCUCCUCCGUUAAUGGAAUCGCCGGCUACACCGAUGAAUCCGGCUUUCCAAUUCUUGACUUCAAAUGCCCAAGCCAGACCAAAGAGAAAACGUCGGUGGUCUAUGUUACACAAGAGGCCAAAGUGGUCUACGUUCCACAGAAGGCGGAAGAAAGUUGCGUAAUGCUCCCGAAAAGGGCUGGAUGGAAGAUUUUGUUGGUUAAUGAAAGCUCGGGCGGCAAAUGCAAAAAUGGAGAGAUUCUGCAACCGAAAGGAUGUGAAGUCAGAGUCAAGUGUAGAAAAGGUAAUACUACUAAUAUUAUUUGCUUUUAUCGACUUUUUGGGAGUACCCCAAGAGUCGGGCCCUUUCAGCGUCUCUCCGACGUAAAGCCACAAACGAUACUCAAUUUUUUCGCCCUAGAAAUUGCAAACAAAUCGAAUCUUUGGCUUGUUUUGCUUGAGAGAUUGCACCAACCAUAAAAAAGAUGACUUGUUCGUCUUUUUCAUCCCAUUUUUUAGGCUACACUCCCGCCAAUUCUGACUCGCCAUACCCGGUUUCUUGCGUUUGUAAUGGCCAGAGAUUUGUCGAUGGAUUUGGGGAAAUUCCUCGUCUGGAAUGCCGGAAAGACGACUCUUCAAGAACUGUUAUUAUUGAGUCAGAGAGCGAAAAAAGAAGUUGCGAACCAAUAACGACAGAAGAGUCAUCAACGUACAAGUUCAGUAAUGCUUCACACACAACUACGUACAGCUAUGGGCAGAGUGUUCAGAUGGUUUGUAAGGAAGGUAAUUGAAAUUAUGACAACCGCGGAAAAGAUUCAAGAUACAGUGCGCAAAAGCAAAAAAAUGUCCAUACGCUUUGUGAAAAUACAGGGUGUACCAAUUUUUUUUGUUCUUUCUAUACCGAGCAGCUUUCUUUGAUUGCGAAAUUGAAAUUGCGACUUUUGAAGUCGCCGGCCGCCCUCCAAACCUACAAUCAAUCGGUUUUGUGAAGUUUUCUUUAUUGCAAUGGCAGCAGCAGAGCUCUGAAGGAAAGUAACGACCAUAAUAAUAUCAGUUCCACCUUCCUGGCAUUUAACCUGGCAAAAAAACUGGAAACAUUUUAGGUGACCCAAAAAAAUCCUAUGUCCGACCCUUAGCAGAAACUGACGCAACGAGCUGUUUCCGUUCAUAAUGUCGCUUUAUUAGUUUUGGCACUGUGCACAAAAAGUCAGGGUGCGCGCGACAGCCCAAAAAAAGCCUAUUGCAAGCAGCCACAAGGUGCACAGUGUAAAGAGACCUUUUUUUCGCACAGUACAUGUCGCCAAAAUCGUUUCCUUUGCUAAAGGACUUGUACAGGUCACAGACCUGAUCCAGUGGCAGAAAACGUGCCAUUUUGCAUCCGGGAAGCAUCAAAAAAUGUGGCAAAAUGCAUCCUCCUCUAACUAGAAAUCUCCGUGAAGGGCCUUUGCUCCACAAAAAUAGCGGGCGCGCUUCUGAAAUCGGAGUUUUUUCACUUGGAGAGGGAGGUAUUUUGCUGCAUUUUUUGAUACUUCCCGUAUGCAAAACGUUUUUUGCCACGGGAUCAGGUCCGCCACUGUAAAAUAAUUGCUCAUUUGCCAACUCAAAAACAACCAAAUAAAAAAACGCUCCUCGCUCUGAAAUGUGUUGAUUUAUUUGUAGGCUACUACCCGUCCAACGAGGAGUACCAGAAGUCCGGCUUUCAACUGUUGACUUGCGGUUCUAACGGCCAUUGGGAAAGCGGCUCCAAGUCAUCGGCGAAAUGGGAGUUCCACUGCACCAAAGGCUGUAUAAAUCGACCGCACGAGCCGUUGCGGGAGAGUGAGGUCGCGUAUAAAGUGCGGACCUUCAAGUCGAAAAAGAGCGGUAAAACUGUCUCCUGUCGGAAAGGUAGGCUAUGAGUAUGAUUAUAACAUUUACAUAUAUAAAUGUAAAUUUUACGAAUUGCUCAGAAAUUGCCCGAGAAUUCGCUCAGAUCAAGUACACCGUGCCCGAAAUGCCCUUCCACUGUAAGCCGGGAGAGUCGCAAGACAAAGCGUAUAGCAUGCAAAAGCAGGAGAAUAUCCCCUGCACCAAUGCGUGCCUGGAUAUAUUGGACGACACGGACACAAGAUCGAUAAACGUGAAGAGCAAGAAGAGUAAAAUCAGCUGGGAAGGGGACAGCUAUGUGAUGGAUGGGCAUGUGUUUACAUACACUUGCAAAAAUCCGGGUAAGAGUGGGAGCGUUGCGGCAGAACUCUCCCCCUUUUCUGAACUCUCCCCAAAUCUGAACUUUCCCCCUUUUUGAACACUCCCCCUUGAAGGAACCCUCCCCCUUUUUGAACACUCCCCCUCAUUUUGAAAAUUGAAAAAAUGAGGUGUGAGAUGUUAUACGAUGGAGAUUUUUAUGAAAUUGAAAAAACAAGGCGUGACAUCUUAUACGAUGAAAGUUUUUUUUUCGAAUUGGGGAAAAUAAGCAAUGACAUGUUAUACGAUGAAAUUUUUUUUCGAAUUGGGAAAAAUAAGGUAUGACAUGUUAUACGAUGAAUUUUUUUUUCAAAUUGAAAAGAAUAAGGUGUGACAUGUCAUACGAUGAAAGUUUUUUUUCGAAUUGGGAAAAAUAAGAUAUGACAUGUUAUACGAUAAAAGUUUUUUUCGAAUUGGGAAAAAUAAGCUAUGACAUGUUAUGAAAUUUUUUUUCCAAAUUGAAAAAUAUAAGGCGUGACAUGUCAUACGCUGGAAAUUUUUUUCAAAUUGAAAAAAUGAGGGGUGACAUCUUAUACGAUGAAAGUUUUUUUUCGAAUUGGGAAAAAUAAGGUAUGACAUGUUAUACGAUGAAAUUUUUUUUUCAAAUUGAAAAGAAUAAGGUGUGACAUGUCAUACGAUGGAAAUUUUUUCUUUUCAAAUUGAAAAAAUGAAGUGUGAUUUUUUUUCAAUUUGAAAACAAUUUUCAUUGUAUAACAUGUCACACCUCGUUUUUUCAAUUUCCAAAAUGGGGGAGUGUUUAAAAAAGGGGAGAGUGCUGAUUUUUUGGUAAAAAUAAAAAAGCGGGAGAAUUCAGCCUUUUUUGGGGUUGAGUUGAAAAAAGGGGUGAGUUCAGACUGGGGGAGGGUUCAGAAAAGGGGGAGAGUUCAGGCUGAACUGAGUGGGAGGUAUUCAAACAUGGCAGGGCUGAAUGCUGGUUUCGGAAGCUUCAAAAAAGGCCGGGCCCAGCUCUUCUGGGGCUUUGUUAAAUUGACUACAAGAAGCGCAUGUGCUACUGAUCAAUUUACGGACCACUGGGCCAAGUAGCACAAAAAAUUUUAUAUUUUCGACCGAAUUCGGCCGGUCCACUUGACUCACCAGCAGAAAUAAAGCUGUCACCUUUUAUACAUCAACUAAUAUUCAAAUCUUGACCAAUUUUCGGCCUGAAAAUCUUGGUUUUUCCUGCAAAAUGCGAGCUAAAAAUCUCGCAAAUAUGUGGAAAAAAAUUCGUUUUAAUUUCAAGCCAAAUUUCAUUAAAAUUUAAGACUCAUGCUUCGAGAACUUCGUUGACAGUAAAAUCUCCAUUCAUUUUUCAGGAGAAACCAUUGCUCCGGAGCACACGACCUCCAAAAUGACGCUUAAAUGCGACGGCAAAUCGAGGCACUACAUCAACCCGGACGAGCCGGACAAGCCCGUUUUCAAAGGCCCAAGAAGAUGUUCUCCUUGA